AUUCAGAAAAUCCCCAAUUUAUCAAUUCUCACAAAAACUCGUAAUCCAAACAUGGCCUUCUCUGCAUCGUCGUCUUCUUCCGCCGUAAUUUGCAGAACCCAAACCGACCUCCCCAUAAAUCUCCGUUCGCGUUCGCGUUCGCUCCUCUCCCCGAAAUUGAACAGAGUCGGAGCAACCUUCUGCCGUCCAAUUGUUUGCAAAAUGGCGGCGACGGCGGUCGAGAAGGAACUCGAUCCGGCGGCGGCAGCGGCGGCGCCUCUGCAGCGGCCCGAUUCGUUCGGGAGAUUCGGGAAAUACGGCGGCAAAUACGUCCCCGAAACGCUGAUGCACGCUCUCACGGAGCUCGAGGCCGCAUUCAAGUUGCUUGCCACUGACGAUGAAUUUCAGAAAGAGCUAGAUGGGAUAUUGAAAGACUACGUAGGAAGAGAAACCCCACUGUACUUCGCCGAACGACUCACCGAGCACUACAAACGCCCCGAUGGAAAAGGGCCUCACAUUUACCUCAAAAGGGAGGACCUCAAUCACACCGGGGCCCACAAGAUCAACAACGCUGUCGCCCAAGCGUUGCUGGCAAAGCGUCUCGGUAAGAAGCGUAUCAUCGCUGAAACUGGAGCUGGUCAACAUGGUGUUGCCACAGCUACUGUUUGUGCUCGGUUUGGCUUGGAAUGCAUUAUCUACAUGGGUGCUCAAGAUAUGGAGAGACAAGCACUUAAUGUCUUUCGAAUGAGGCUUCUUGGUGCUGAGGUUAGAGCAGUUCAUUCUGGAACCGCCACACUAAAGGACGCCACAUCCGAAGCCAUACGAGAUUGGGUAACCAACGUGGAAUCCACUCAUUACAUCCUCGGAUCUGUUGCGGGCCCACAUCCAUAUCCUAUGAUGGUAAGAGAAUUUCACGCAGUGAUCGGCAAAGAAACCCGAAAACAGGCCCUGGAAAAAUGGGGCGGCACACCUGAUGUGCUUGUCGCCUGUGUGGGUGGAGGCUCGAAUGCAAUGGGCCUGUUCCAUGAAUUUGUUGACGACAAAGAUGUGAGGCUGAUCGGUGUCGAGGCGGCUGGUUUCGGAUUGGACAGUGGUAAGCAUGCCGCCACUUUGACUAAGGGAGAGGUUGGAGUUUUGCACGGAGCUAUGAGUUACUUGCUGCAAGAUGAAGAUGGGCAAAUAGUCGAGCCACAUUCUAUAAGUGCUGGGCUGGACUACCCUGGAGUUGGACCAGAGCACAGCUUUCUGAAAGAUAUUGGAAGGGCUGAGUAUUAUAGCAUCACCGAUGAUGAGGCUUUAGAAGCUUUCAAGAGAUUAUCGAAGCUCGAGGGAAUUAUUCCAGCACUCGAGACAUCCCACGCGUUAGCUUAUCUAGAGAAGCUAUGUCCGACUCUUGCAGACGGGACUAAAGUUGUUUUGAACUGCAGUGGCAGAGGAGAUAAAGACGUUCACACAGCCAUCAAAUAUUUAAAGCUUUGAAAGGGUACCGUUCUGCAAAACAGUGCUUAUCAACUUUAUUUGAAUUUGAUUUCUUUUUUUAAGGUGAAUAAUUAGUCGAGUAUUGUUCCCUGGUUGAGAAGAUCCUUUUUAGUUGUAUGAUAGGUGUCGUCAUCGUAAUUUUAUAACUAAAAAUAAAUUCCCCAGGAAAGCUAAUAAGGGGGUUUUGGUUAGCUUCUUGUUAAAGAUUGUUUUUUUUUUAUUUAAUUUUCUUUGAAACUACAGUUGCGUUUGGAUUGAACGGUUCGAAAUCGAUGAUUCCGAAUUAAUAGUAACGAAUUUG